AUUUCGUUGUGAUUUCGUUUUGCAUUGUAUUCAGUUUUAGAGUAUCGUGGUAAAUAUUAGAAUAAUAUUGAAAGUUGAUUAAUGCAGAUAUAAAACUAUAUUCUAAAGUUAUAAAUAUAUAAGAUUCGAAAAUGCCGAAAGUGCGUAGAAGCAGAAAGCCUCCUCCAGAUGGCUGGGAGUUGAUCGAACCAACACUGGAAGAAUUGGAGCAAAAAAUGCGAGAAGCUGAGACGGAACCGCAUGAAGGAAAACGUAUUACAGAAUCAUUAUGGCCUAUCUUCAAAAUACAUCAUCAAAAGUCUCGAUACAUCUACGAUUUGUUUUAUAGGCGUAAAGCUAUCAGCCGGGAGCUGUACGAUUAUUGUUUAAAAGAGAAAAUAGCAGAUGCAAAUUUAAUUGCGAAAUGGAAAAAAUCGGGUUAUGAGAACUUAUGCUGUCUGCGUUGCAUACAAACUCGUGAUACAAACUUCGGUACAAAUUGCAUAUGCCGCGUACCAAAAUCGAAAUUAGAGGAAGGGCGAAUUGUUGAAUGUGUGCAUUGUGGCUGCCGAGGUUGUUCGGGAUAGUUAAAGAAAUAAAGAAAAAUUUUUAGUUGAUAGUGCAUAAAAUAAUGAAUGUGUCAAGGCAAAUCAAUAAUAAAUAAAUGACUUACUUUUGAAGAAAUGAAAGUUCCAGA